AUGGCGCCUGGAGACAAAACCCUCUCCGGGCGUCCCCCGCUUGCGGAGCGCAGAAAGUGGUACGCCUCUGACAAGAUGUGGCUGGGGGAGGCUGGAAGCCUCCUGAUCCAGGUGGCCAUUAAGAAAACCAUUCUCUCUUGGCGGAGGUCCGCAGUCAGUGCCAGUCCCGGGGGCGUGGAAGCGUCUUUCUUUCCUCGGCCGCCCGCGCUCGCUGAUGAUUGCUGCCUCCGCCCCUCUGCCCCGCACCGGUGUCUUUGCAGCGGCCCCGCAAACCCCAGUCUCGGAUCCCUGAGCUUGGAGAGGAGGCUCAGGGCGAGACUUGUCGGUGCAGGCCGCCACCCUACCGUCACCCUGGCGCUGCGUUGCUUGGACGGCGUGUUCCUCUCCCCCACCGAGAAUGACUUUGUCAGCAAGAUCCUGGAGGAACUGGACCACUUUCUGCUUCAGAACCAGCUGGACAAAGUCCUUUUGUUUCCUCCGUUGUCCAGUCGACUCAGGUACCUGAUCCACAGGACUGUGGACGAUGUUGACCUCCUGAGUAGUUUCUCUGUUGGGGAAGGAUGGAGAAGAAGGACGGUGGUCUGUCACUCAGCAAUAAGGCUGCCGGAUGAUCCAGCUGAUCAAGAUGGCUCCUGCGGCAGCGCCUCAAGCUCAAAACUCCCGUACCACUCAAGAACAAGAGGAUGCAGAUCUGGAGGAGGGCCACGGCGCAUGGAAGCUCAGGCGAAUGGUGGCCAAACUCGCAGAGGAAAUGGUCGGUGCAGGAGGCAGCCCCGGAGGAAGCCGGAUAGAGCUUUGUAUGUCCCCAGGGCUAUGCGCAAGAAGCCUGAGGACUUGACAAAUGACAGCCCUGAAGCAUGUGGAGCAGAGUCGCAUGGCUUUGGGUUGACUGCGGACAGAAUGUCAAGCAUGGUCUUUGUCUGUGAAGGAGUUACAGAUACUGGUGUGUUUCCAGGCGACGUUGGCCCUGAUGUGGAAUAUCCAGAACCACAAAACCCCAGUGAGAUUUAUACGGAUAAUUUGGAGUCUGGAGGUAAAAGUAUUGAAGACCCUGUGGGGUAUCUGUGUUCUUCUUCAUUGGAAGGUCUGUUAGACGAGGAAAGCCAAAAUGAAACAAAGCAAAUCACUUUGGUACAGGAGACCACCGCAAGCCUAAUCCUUUCAGAAAACCAGAGUACAGAUAGUGUGGAUACUGUGAUAUCAGAGAGUUUUGAAACCUCUUCCUUACUGGAGGAACCAAAAGCCAGGAAUCUUGAUGCUGCACUUCUCCAAGAAAGGGAACAGCUGUCUUCAGUUGAAGACCAAAACAAAAGUGCUCCAGAUGUUACUACACUGGAUUUAGGCAAAAAUCUGACAUCCCAGGAAAACCGUAGAAACGACUGUCAGGAUUCCACUGUGUCAGAAAGCAUCGUAUCCACAUCUCUGCUUGAAGACCAUGAGGGACAGGUUACAUGUGACGUUGUGUUGAAACAUACUGGUGAUCUGUUACUGUUGGAAAAUGAGAAUGAUCAUACACGUCCUGGUGAAGUGGAGUUUAGUAAAACACAGCCCUUGUUGAAAGACAGUAGUGUGGAGGCCGGCGCAUCUCAACAUGGCUCAGAAGUGUCAGCACAGGAGAACCAAGAUAGGAACUGCAUUGAUGUAUCCCUAUCGGAAUGUAGCCAAACUGAGCCCUGUGAAGUCACUCAAGAUUCAAGUACCACUUGUGCCUCUGAUUUGGGCCAAUCAUCAGUGGUGUCUCCUGUUCUGGAACAUAGUACAAAAUCAUCUGUCUUAGACCCUGAGGCUCUACCUUUUAUAAAUACCUCUGUAUUGUCCAUUGGCAAAACCAGUGUGGUACUUGAAGACUAUGAGAGAGACAGUGUGGACUUGGAGGGCAACAAGUUACCUGGGCUGGAACUGUCUGCAGGAGAUAGAAAUGUGGGAUCUUCUGCAAUGGAUGAAAAGAAUAGUGCCCUUGAAGAUGACUGUGGCACUGAACUCCUUCAAGAGAUCAGAAAUUAUCUGACCAUAAAGGACAUAAGCAUUGAGAAAAUCCAGUUUGAUUGCACUGGCUACGGGGAGGCACAGAUCAACGAGGGAGACUUUGGACACGUGCUAGAGAUCUAUGAUUUUUCACCUUCGUUGAAGACUGAGCAGCUUUUGGAGGCCUUUGCGGACUUCCAAGAGAGCGGCUUUAAAGUGCAGUGGGUUGAUGACACUCAUGCCCUUGGCAUUUUCUCCAGUUUGGUGGCAGCAUCUCAAGCAAUGGAACAGAGUUAUACAUCCUUAAAGAUCCGCCCUCUAAUCCAUGGUACAAGACAGUCAAAAAUCAAAGCACUUCAGCGCCCAAAACUCCUUCAGCUGGCCAAAGAGAGGCCCCAGACCGACACAGCAGUGGCUAGAAGGCUGGUGACCAGGGCUCUGGGAUUACUCCGCAAAACCCAGCCGUGCUCAGGCCAAGAAGUUCUGGAAUCGGAAAAUGUCAACCUGCCGGAGUAAAGCGGAUCAUUCCAAAUGGCUUGGGGUGAUGGUUUUGGGUGUGCUAUUAAAACUGUAGUCUGACAGUAGGCCUCAUCUGUGAUUUUUUAAAAGGAGGGUGUUGUUUUUGCAAUAGGGAGAAAUUAUGGUUGGUUGUGUUAGAAAUGGGAAGGAACUGAGUUGACAGGCAUUUAAUGGUAGGUAGUCAAAUUUCCUAUUGCUUUUGGGGAAGCAGGCUGACCUGUGAGAGGACCACAGGAGGGCAGUGUAGGACAGUGAAGAGUCUUUUUCAUUGGGCAUUUACACAAAGCCAAAACAGAUGAGUGUUAGGUUUUUUUUAUAACUUGGUUUAUCACCUGUUCAUUGAACUUAGGAAGUUUUGGAAUGGGUGUUUUUCAUUCUGAAGUUGGUAUACGUUAUUUUCCCUUCAGCAGAUGACCCCAUGGAGCUGCUGUUGGCUCAAUUGUGAAAUUUAAAUGUACCCAUGUAAGUAAUGGGUUGUUUACAACAGAGCCCAGGGGGCUCUGUGGUAUCCUUGCAGAUGUUGAAGUGGGGAGGGGGAAGCUGUCGCAAACUGAAAAGAGUCAAUGUGUGCUGGGAGGCACAAAACUCCUAUCACAUGUGUGAUACAAAGUCCUCCUGUCUCCAACAAACUCAAGGACUUUGUGCUAAUGUGUAGAUGGUGCCUACAGUGAAAUUAGAAAUGAAUGACACAGAGACAGAAUGACAAAACGACAAAACAACAAAGACACAUUUGAAAGACUCGGUAUCUUCUUUACUGAAGUUUGUAAAGGUUUUUUUUGUUUCAUUUCAAAAUAAAGUUGUUAUUGCUGAUCAGG